AUGGGCGGCGAGACUGCGCGAAUCAAAAGCGGGCUGUUCCCAUCUAUCCGCCCUUUAAAUGACAGAUCCGGGGUGGUCAAGCGUGUCUACCCUGAGUUGAGACACCACGGCCAUAAACAAGCCCAUCCAAAUCCCCGUAAUGGCCCUGCGAUUUUUAGCCAUACCGCCACGUUUAGGCGAUUUCAUGUUCCGGCCAUACUGGCUUUGAUUGUAUUGGCCGUCGUAUCGUCAACCAAUUCGUCUUUCCGUUAUGCUGCCACACCACCUGCGUGGUUGUCGGGUUCGCUCCAUAACUUCCCCUGGGGCAAGAAGCACCCUUUCAAUCCACCGCCAACUUUACCCGAACUCAAGAUUCUCGACCUCACAAACAGCAGAAACACAGGCACCUCGACAGUUGCCCAUAAGGAGCCCGAAUUCUGCGCUCAACGAUUCGGGCCCGCCUAUCUCCAAGACCUACGAGACAAUGCCAUCGAGUACUGCAAGGCCGCUCCAGGCGAGCGCCCAACAUCCUUUCGCAUGACUUGUUUCCACGGCCACACGCGCAGCAACGGGGAGCCGGAUUCGCUUUGUAUUGGCCAGGGUGCUAAGUUUGACGUGGAAACCCGAAAAUUCAUAUUCGAUUGUACUGUACGGCCGCCGACGUCGGAAGAAAUAGAGCGCGGGUUGAUUCCAUUUCACAAAAUACCAGCUGAUUGGUACGAAACAGGGCCGAAAGAAAUAUUCGGCCGAUAUGUCCAUUUUCAAAACAACCCAGUGGAAAGUCCAGGGGAUGAUGCCAACCGUGCCAAAGGCCAACGGUCAUUACCCCCCAUUAAUAUUUUGAUCAAGCGUGAAGGCUCUGCCCAUCCAUGCCAUAUGCUUAUGGAAAUUUGGUCUUUGGCAAACACAAUAGAUGUCCUGCGGCUAAGUCCAGACCCCGAGGCCGGCGGGGCGUUUUACACCGUGCCAAACGACGCCGAAAGGACACAUGUAAUCCUUCUGGACGACAACGAGGAGGGUCCAUUUUUCGACCUUUGGGCAUUAGUUACAGGACGCAAGCCCUUCCGAAUUUCGGAUGCGAUCGAGGCCCUGAAGAAAAGCGAUUUGGCGGUUGAUACCUCAUCAGCCCUUUCAGCAAACCAGUUGCACAACGUUGUUAUACCGCUGGCGGGCGCCGCCAACCCGUUGUGGCAAAACGACUGGGAGAAGCGCGACUGUGAAGAUGCACCAUUGCUCAAGGUCUUCCUUUUGGGUCAGGAGAAGCUGCAUGAGGCGGCGCGUCGUGCCUACCCGGACGUUGAAAUACGGUCCAUUGACCUCGCUUCGUUAUCGUUCGUUGACCAGAUUCGGCUCGUGCGCAGCGAGACUAAUAUAUUGGUCGGCGUGCACGGCGCCGGACUUACGCAUACUAUGUUCCUCCGGGGUGGACGGGAGGGCGGAGAGAAAGCUGUGGUCGAGAUCCAGCCCGACGAGAUGAGCUACAAGGGGUUCCGAAAUCUCGCGUACAUGCUGGGCCACAAGUAUUUUACCGCAAAAGCCGAGACGUUGUCAGAGGAGGAUUUGGCUAGGGGAAGAAUCGAAGCCGAAAUGAAGGCAAAGCAAAAAGCAGAUGCGGUAAAAUUCCCAGUCCCGACUGCAGUAUUCUGUGCCGGAAAACAUGAAAUACUUAGACGAGGGGGCGAAGGAAAAGCAAAAAACGAAAGAGAGAGGCCUGAGACAUCGCAUAAUCAAGAAGAAUUAGAGGACAGUUUCCUCUACAUGUCAGGCACGCAUCUGGCGAAACGAGACAAAUGGCACUUUGCCGACGUCAGAAUUGGCGAAAGCGAGUUUUUGGAGCUGAUAGGUGCAGCUGUUGAAUAUGUAAAGAGGAACCGAUAG